AUGACGCAGCGCUCCCCCACGUGGUGGGGGUGGAAGCACAUCGCAGAGCAGUCGCUGCGCUGGGGCAGCUGUUUCGGACCUGACAUGAAUCCCUUCGCCUGGUACCCGCCGCCUCCGCCGGGGCUCCCUCCACCCUUUUUCUGCCCGCCGCCACCCUGGGAGCCUAGCUUCUGGCCUCCCCCCGCGCCCUACCCGCCGCCCGGCCGCUAUGCUCCUCCUGACAGCUAUCCGCCGCCCAACGGUUAUGCACCUGCCGACAACUACUCGCAGCCCGAGAGCUGCACAUCUUCCGACAGCUACUCGCAGCCUGCCGACAGCUGCUCGCCCCCCAGCAGUUACCCGCCACCCGGCAGUUACACACCACCCGCUACCUGGUACCCACCGGCCUACAGAGAACAACCGCGGGGUUCAUAUGCUGGUGGAAAUGGCAAUUUCUCCCAGAAAUGGCAAGGACAGCAAGCAUCUGGGUUUGGUAAACGUUUUCCAGAAGAAAAUAACAAGCCAAAGACCAAAAAGAAAAAAGAGCCAGUGUUCACUCAUUAUUGUGAUACUUGUGACCGUGGCUUUAAAAACCAAGAGAAAUAUGAUGAACAUAUUUCACAACAUAAACAGUGCACAGAAGAAGGUUGCAGUUUCAGCGCACAUGAAAAGAUAGUUCAGAUACACUGGAAAAAUGCACAUGCACCUGGAGCUAAAAAAAUAAAAUUGGAUAGUCCAGAAGAGAUUGCUAGAUGGAGAGAAGAAAGAAAAAAAAAUUUUCCUACCUUGGCAAAUAUCGAAAGAAAGAAGGCGGUGCAGAUACAGAAGGAAGAACGGGGAGAAGUGCUGACUACCCAGCAGUUUGGCAAAAUGAAAGGCAUGUGGAAACCUCCAGGAAGUGAAGACCACUUUGGGCAACAAGGAAGAUACAGGAGAAGACAAAGACGCCCGUUUUGUAAAAAAUUUAGGAAGAAUGGUGAUGAUUAUAAUGUACAUAGGACUCAGAAUGAAGCCAAUGGAUCAGAAAACGGCAUCUGUGAAAAGGAACAUGAAAAGCAGCAUGCUUCAGAAGCUCAGCCAUUCACAAAGGAUGUGGACCCUCUCAGUCUUCUGGCAAACAGUGAUGCUGAAUCGGACAAGGACGAUGCAGCAGCUGAAGACAGGCGGCUGGGGUUGACUGUUGUUCCCAGGCAGGUCACCUCUGCCCUGACUGCGUUGUCAGCCAACUACGGCAGCGCAUCUGAGAGCGAGCCUGAAGAAAUCCCUGUCAAGACUGCAGCAAAAGCUGAGAAAGACCAGGCUGCCUUCAGGAAUACGCCUGAAACUACUCAAAAUGUUCCUCAGAGUCAAAAUCUGAAUCAAAAGCAUCCAGAACGUGCAGGCAAGACGUUAAGAAGCUCGAAUUCAAACGGACGUCCCCGCAGAGGGCCUGAUAAGUGGGGCAAGAAAACAUUACCUCUCCUUCCCAAGCGCCGUCCUACUCUGCUGGAAAUGCUGCUGGCCCAGGACAUCCGGCACGAAAGGAAUGUGAUUUUGCAGUGCGUUCGGUACCUCGUCCAAAACAAUGUGUUUGGGCUUCACUUCAAAACAGAGCCACGAGCUGCAGCAGAGACUCAGCACUCCUCUACAGCUACAGCAGAAUCUUUGACAGACAAACUCGAUGGAACUAACUGUUCUUCUAGCUCUGACCUUCAGUUAGCAGGAGAAGAAGAUGCAUUAUCAGUAGCCCAGGGUGAGAAAGCACCUGUGGAUCAGACUUCACAGACAGCUCACUUGGCAGAUGAGGACACAUGGGAAUCCCUGCCAAUUCAAUGUGAAGAAGCACUGUAA